AUGAUUUGGGCAACAGGUUUUCUUAUUUUUUGGCGUCGACGACAAGCUGAAAUAGCUUAUCAAUGGAAUACACUUGAUAUGGAACCAAUCGAAGAAAUUCGAUCAACAUUCAAAGGUCAACUACAUCGUUCACCUGUAACUGGUAAAUUAGAAGUUUAUUAUCCAAAUUGGAAACGUUUAUUAUUUCGUUUACUUGUAACAAUACCAAUGAUUGGUAUUAAUAUUAUGCUUGUUUCAUUUGUUAUUCUUCUUAUUAUACGUUUUCAAAGUUGGAUCGAUAGACAAUUAAAAAUUGGUCGUUUACCUCAUCUUAUGUCAUUAACAGAGUUUUUACCAAAAAUUUUAUUAGCAUUAGUAACAACGAUAUUUAGUGAUAUUUAUAAACGUAUUGCUCGUUGGUUAACUAAUCAAGAAAAUUAUCGAGAACAACGAGUACAUGAU